UUUACUUAUACUCUGGGGUAAAUGUGUAUUUCGUUCAGGAUAAUCAGAGGAUGUAAGGUAGUCAUAUGAGAGUCUGCAAUAGUCCCCUGAAGGCCCACAGGAUAAACCCCUCAGCUUAGUAGUCCCGUUGGCUUGUGAGAAGCAGGAGGCCCCUGCUGCCCCUCCCACCACUGGUCCCUGCCUCCCCACACCCACGGUGAUGGCCGACCCCGCCCAGCAUCCAAGCAAAAUGGUGCGAGUCAUAUCAGUCCAUCACUUCACACGUCAAGAUGUAGCUGGCCUGGAGCGCUCAGGGGGCCGAGGAGUCACCAGGGGAAAAGAUGACAUUCUCCUGGUCGGUGGGGAACACACCGUGGAUAUCCGUGAUCUCAAGGCUGGUGGAGCUUUGCAAGGCAGUUUCCCCACUGUUGAUCUGGUCCAGCAAAUUGUUUACUGUGAAACAGGCAACUUUGUGGUCACAUUAGAAACCAAGCCAGCCAGACAUGGUGGUGAUCACCGAUAUGUACGAGUCUAUCUCCACUGGGAUCAGAGCACCACCAAUCAGCCAAUGAGGGCCAGGAUUGCCGGGCGCGUCACACCCAGCAGUCAGUCAGGUGUCGCUAAUCUAGAAAUGGUGGAAAUUCCUCUUCGUAAACCAGCAGAGUUCAUUGCCUGCUGUCAAUCAACUGGGAACAUUGCUGUGGCUUGUGGCAUCAGUGUAACAAUAUUCAGAUUCUGUGAAAAGACCCAUGAUCUUUCAAAAGUUAAAUUUAUUGACUUUGAAGAAUACAUGGAACUUGACAUGUCCUUCAUUGUUAAGGAAGUUGCCAUGUCUGAGGAUUUGAUUGGAUGUAUAUCUGAGUCAGAAGCACACAUCUUUCAAAUUACAAUCAAUUCACAACUUUUGAAAGCAAACUCAGAAGAAAAAGAGAGUAAACCACAAGAAAAGCGCAGCAAGUCCCGCUCCAAGUCCAAGACACGGUCAGCAUCAAGAUCCCCAGGCCGCAGUAUUGACUCCAUGAGCUCUGGGGGCUUGAUGAAGGAGCGUCUGAAGAAGGAGGAUUCUUUAAUAUCCAUAAGAGAUGCUGAUGACUAUGUAGAUUUAAGUGAACUUACAUGGGUGCCAACACUGUCCUAUGGACGGAGGCGUCCUGCAGAAGACAGUCGAUUUCUCCUGUUCCCCUCCCUAGUAGGAGCUGCUCAGUGUGGGCCAGUAGCUGAACCAGGGGAGGUCAUUGGUCCUGUAAGCUCAGCCCGAUGCUCCAGUGUUCGCAUGAAGGUCCUCACCACAAACUCUUCAGGAGUGAAACUUCCAGCAAAUGUAUUUGAAGCAGUGACUCUCAUCCACCGGCGAGCUGACCACACCAGUGAUCCUGACAUUCCCUUCUCCAACCUCAUGCUGAUGGCUGUGUAUGAGUCAGAGAAGGGGAAGAAAGAUGGUAAAGCAACUCCCCCUCGUCGUCCUUCACACCCACUACAGCCCUCCGGGUCAGCCCUCAAGGUUGGUGCUUCAGUCUUCCUUACAACUCCACAUGUUGGCCAGCUGUACCACAUCACUCUCUCUUAUGAUGCCUUCAGUAGCAGUGUAGUGCGUGGCGGUGUCUUCUCUUACACAGCACCUGUGUACUCAGUGGCACUAGAACCAUCUCUCCUACAUGCCCUCACACUAACUGGCCUGGAAACUUACACCCUCAGACCACACCCUGUUGUUGUUGUGUCACACCUCCCAGAGGGCCUCAACAUGGUUGUUCCCCCACACUGGGAGGAGACUGUGUGUUUGGUUGGACUGCGGCCCUUCCUCAAUGUUGAGACACUCACUCUCACCAAAUCUUGCCUUGCCCUGAUAGCUGCAAAUAAUGAAGGUGGUGACAAAUCCCACACAGUGUACUCACUCCACCUGCCUAGUGCUGCCAACCUGUACAAGGAGAUGGUGCGUGUGGGCCGUAGCCACCGCUCUGCCUCUCCCUCUACUUACUUGCACUUGCUAUUGGAAGCUCAUCUGAUCCUCACCACAGCCCUGCACCACGAGCUGCCUCAGGCUGAGGAGUCUGAUGAAGAUCUUUGCUCUUUGUUGCAGGAUUCUUCAGCAUUGCUUGGUGAUUACUAUGCCCAGUGUGAUACAGAGGCAGAAUGGAAGCAGGCUACUCAGUAUUACCAGGUGUCCAGCCUCACUCCUGAUGCAGUAGUAGAGAGGCUGGAGUUGCAGUGCCCAGGCCUUGUUCCUGUUGUCUCAGCUCUUCUGCUCCAUCCAAACACAGCUCCACUCACUGCUGCACAGGCCAACUGUGUUUUGGAGAUGAUGGAAAAGAUUGCCCCAGAAAAAGUGUCUGCAGUAAUUCUACAGUCAAAUUGCUUUAAGGAAUACAAGAAAGAUAAGGUGCUGGCAAUAAUAAAAACAGAAUUGUCCAAAACGCAGGAGCCAAGACCAACAGACGUCCUGGCCUUGGCCCUUGUGAUUCUGGACAGAGGAUCACCUGAACAGGUAGCAACAGUUGUGGCCUCACUUCGAGCUUACCAGUUGGUAGUGGUGUUGCUGCAGCAUUCCCGUCUUCUCCUCACUACACAGGAUGGGACAACAACACUCUCCCCCUUGGCACAGGUCCUGGCAGAGCACAAGAAAGAAGUUUUCACAGAGGUAUUUGUGUCCAUGAUUGGGGAAGGCACUCUGUCUUUGAAUGCUUUUGUAGAUGCCUUUAUAGCAGUGUAUCCAAUUGUGUCUUGUGGCCCUGAGUGCAACACACAUUCACUUUGGCUUAGAGACUUUCUGGAAAAGUUCUUCUUGGAAUAUGCCCACAACACUGAGAUCACUGACCAGCGGGACCGUUAUGACAGAGCUGUACGAGUGCUGGUGAGCCUUUACCUGGCCAGUCUCAUGGGUGCUUUCGGUGAUAAGUCUAAGGAAGACCCAAAUUGGAGUGACCAGAGAGUAGCCUUGAAGGAGCUGUAUGCCCCACGCCCAACAUUCCUGGCCCUUCUGCCUCCAUUUAGUCAAGAACAGUCCAUGAGCAACAAAAGCCAGGCAAUAGUUGCUAUUGAAGGAGAAGCCCCUGAAGACAAGACUCCCUCAGAAGUUAAGGAAAUGAGAAAAACCUUGUCUUCCUCACUGCUGCACCUUGUGGUUCUUCAGUCUCUCCUAAGCUCUGAUCUGCCAUCAUCAGAGGAUCGUUCAAACGUUCUCAAGUUUGCCACAGCCAAUCCAUCUGUUUUGGGUGCACAGUCUCUCAAGAUACUAUGCUUGGAUCGCUCACAGCAGCUGGAUUACAUCUUGGAGGAGUUUCCAUAUGCUCUUCUGCAGUUUGGAAAGGAUAUGUACGAGUCCCCACUAGAGUGGGAAGAACUUGUGACAAAGUUAAUAAAUCAUAAAUCCAGCCUUGUGGAAUCAGAUGCAACUUAUCAUAUUUACUCAGAUGUCUUGAAUGCUGUAUUAGGUGAAUUGGUUCUGACUGCACCUCUAGAUAUAUUCAUGAGGAUCAUACCCAGCAGUCGCCAUGAGGAGUUCAGAGGUCACAUCCGGCAGUGCCAUUCUGCUGCCUUGGCAGUCCACCUUCGCAAUUCUAUGAUGACCUACGCCAAAAAUGUGUUGACACAAAUGGCAAAGUAAUGUGGAUUGGUCAUUGACAACUCCAGGUGAUGCUAAGUCAGCUUUCAUGCCUAGUCAUUAGACUUAUUAUGUAAGUAUUGACAGAGCUGAAAGGAGGAAUUUACUGUAUUUGUUGAUGAGGGGCAAACUAAGUGAAAAAAAAAUUUAACUAAACAGUAGAUACAGGAAUUCUUUGAAGUAAAUUAUUUUAGUACAAACUAUGACAUUGGGCCAAAUCUUCACUUGUAGUCCAUUGAUCAUUUUAAGGUCACUUGGUGUCACACUGAUUAUGCUCUUCCUUCCAGCUAAUCUGGCUCCCAGUCAUGACAAUUUCUAUAUAGGAAUAGUGCAUCUCUAUGCUGUCAGUUUUUGGUUUAGUUGAUUGAAUCUCGAUAACAUUCUAGUCAUUUGAAUUAUUCAGAGAUACUUUAGAUAUUUAUGUGCUACUAUAUGGAAUUUUAGACUACUUGUCCUCCAUACUCCCCUUUGGGUAGCCUUUAUUCUUCCCAUAAAGGAUGAUCAUGGCAGAGCUUUCAACAGGUCGUCAUACUCUUACAUAUUGUUGUAGUGCAGUCAGCUACCAUAAAGGGAAGAGUAGCAUAUACGAGUACUAUGGAAACAGUGCACUUAAACAAAUCUAGUGGUUACCAGAGUUGAGCAUACCUUUUUUUUUUUUUUUUUUUUUUUUUUUUUUUUUUUUUUUUUUUUUUAUGUAGGAUGGACACUGGCCAAGGGCAACACAAAUCCAAUAAAAAAAAAUGCCCACUGAAAUGCCAGUCCCAUAAAAGGGUAAAAGGGUCAAAGCAGUAUUCAAAAAUUAAUGAAUAAGUGUCUUGAAACCUCCCUCUUAAAGGAAUUCAAGUCAGGAAGGUGGAAAUACAGAAGCAGGCAGGGAGUUCCAGAGUUUACCAGAAAGGGAUGAAUGAUUGAAAAUACUAUUAACUCUUGCAUUAGAGAGGUGGACAGAAUAGGGGUGAGAGAAAGAAGAAAGUCUUGUGCAGCGAGGCUGCAGGAGGAGGGGAGGCACGCAGUUAGCAAGAUCAGAUGAGCAGUUAGCAUGAAAAUAGUGGUAGAAGACAGCUAGAGAUGCAACACUGCGGCAGUGAGAGAGAGGCUGAAGACAGUCAGUUAGAGGAGAGGAGUUGAUGAGACGAAAAGCUUUUGAUUCCACCCUGUCUAGAUGACAGGUAACAGGGACUAGUCAAGGAUUACAAAAAUAGCAAUGGCUUAGAAAAUGGCUAUAGAUGUAGCUAGAUUUGAAAUUAAGCUAAAGGGGGAUGUAUUGUAAUUAUAGAAUGAGGUGGAUUAUCUUGAAAGAAUAGAGGAAGUGUCAAGAAGGGAUCUCUCAUGUAGGAGUAAUACACCAGUAUGUGAGGAGACUAAAUGAAGUACUAAGCACAAUUUAGAUAUUGGUAACUAUCACAAGUUUUGGAAACACUGCUAUCACCAUCCUUUACUUGUGGGACUUAAUAAGUAGCAAGGAAUAUGUGAUGAACAGAUAUUAUCCCACCAGUGUUGUUGAUUACAGCUGCACAAAGCAUGUUAACCUUAGUCACCAAGUUACCUUAGUGCAUAGCAUCGCAAUAACUGCAGACAUUAGGCCUUUGUAUUAAACUCAAAUAUGUGUUUUACAGCUAUAUUUUCUGUGGCUAGCUUAGUAUUACAACUAAUGAGGGAUAUUGGUCAUAAUCAAUCACUCAGGUUACUUGCACCAUAAAAAAGCAAAGGGUGGGAUACAGCAGUUGGCUCACUGCAUAUAUAAAUCAAGAAUGGUGUGGACUGAUUCAAGUCAUUUUUAGCUGUUCUCUUAUCCUAGUCAUUGAACAGGGAUUUAAUUGUCAAUUUAAGCAGACCUCAAAUAUAUGGAUUUCUUGUUGAUUUUGUCAUGAUCUUGCACACUGAAGCAGAUCCUGUUAUUACUAUUGUUAUUGCUCUAUUCUCAUUCAUGUUAUCAUAAAUAUGCAUACGAUUACUAGUGAUUAGUUAUCAUUUAGGUUAUAUGACAAGGCACUGAUUUCAAGGAAUACACUGGCAGGAUUUUUUGUCAGCUUUCCACUUCCAACAGGUUUCCAGACUCACUGUCUGUACUACACAAAAAAGUAACUAUGGGAUGGAUGGACAGUGUGAAGACUUGGGCAUGAAGGGGGAUAACUCGAGGGCAGUUGUGAAUGCAUCAUUCUGUUAGAGAAUUUGCACAUGUAAAUUAUCAAAACUAUUAAUUUAUAUGCCAUAACUAUUGUUUUAUGCUAUAUUUCAAUUACAAUGAAAAAUUUUCAUUUGCAUUGUCUAAGGUGAUAAAUUUGAAACUGCUCUCCAUUCAUCUUCAUCACAUGUAAGCACAGUUUUUUGCUCCAUUCUUUUGCAUCUAGUGCACUCUUUCAACUGCCCAUCCUUUCCACACUUUUAUCGUCCUAAAUUACAAAAUGCAAGAGUUAGCUGUUGAAGUUUUCUUCUACACAUACCAUAUCUAUAUCUUCUGAGUGGCCUUCCUCUCUUAUUAGGAUCUUCACUUUCACAACCUCUUAAUUAACUCAUCUUCUCAAUGUGUGGCCAAACUACUAUAUAUCUCUUCAUCCACUCCACAUUUCACUCCCUUUCCACAGGUACUGAUACUGCACUUUCAUCUGCAUUUUCAUAUGUAAUUCCAUUGCUCUUACACUCCCAUCUCAUCACUCCACAUGCCUCGUAGGUAACUCAUAACUCACAUUCUCGACAGCUGCACUCUAUUCUACAACCAAAUAUCUUUGCCAUAAUCUGACAUAGCCAGCAGUUUAAUAUUCCUUAGACCUCUCUACAUGUUUCUCUCCUCCUCAUAACCCUUGCAAGUGAUCCUAUGCAUAUCUUGCACUGCCCUCUCAUUUUUCAUCCAUCUCACCAUGUUUACUAAGAUAACACAGUACUUUAUAAUCUCUUUCACUACUCUAUUCUUUCUUUAUUUCUUUCUAUUCACUACAAGUUUAAUUUAUAAACACAUCUCUACUUUCUUCCCCAGAAAAUUAUCAUAAUUUCCCCAGCACUUGCCUUCAGUUUCUCUCAUAUACACUGUAGAACUGAUCCAUCAUUCUCUACAAUUCCAUUUGUAUUUUAAACCAUAAAUUAAUUUAAUAGAAUUUUAUAUCUAUUAAGCAGAAUUGCUUUUAUAAAUUCAGAAUGAUGUACCUGAUCCUACAAAUGUGUGGAUCAAAUAGAUUUGUAAACAAUGUGCAUGGAACAAACUGAAGGUGAAUACUGGGGAAAAAAAAGGGGGGGGAUUGAGAGGAAAUUAGUAGAGGUAUGACUUCAGACUACCCAACAGGGUAAAUGCCAGUGUUGUACAAAGAAGUGAGGUGAUUGUGGGAGGAGGGAGAGAAUGAGGUAACUGAAAGCAGUAAGACAAUGUUAAUAAAUAUGGGAGGAGGAAAUUAAAGAUAAGGCUGUGAAAGAUGUAUGUCACAGGAUCACAUGGAAGGAGAGAGAGAGAGAGAGAGAGAGAGAGAGAGAGAGAGAGAGAGAGAGAGAGAGAGAGAGAGAGAGAGGAAUAUGUCUUUA